AAUUUCCCCAAAAACAUGUUUUCCAUUUCAACUCCUUUCCAGCCCCUACUCUUUAAAUUCAAGCGUAAUUCUUCACCUAAGCCCUUUGACCCAGAAUUUUCCCUUUGUCUUCGAACCCGGAAAACUAGUUUUCUUGGGGGGAUUUUGACCCAAAAAAUUGGGCUGCGGGAUCGUUCAAGAACUAUGAUUCAAACUUCGGUGUUAAAAGACUCCAGGGACGGAGACGAUGCUACUCAAGUGCUCGAAGUUGAACAAGAAGGUCUCAUCGACGGAUCAAUACGGGUCCAAAGUUUCGAGGCCACUUUGAAUCGUCUGAGCAAGUGGUUGGUGGCGGCUUUGUUCGGUGUGGUGAUACUUUGGAGGCACGACGCCGAGGCUUUAUGGAUGGCGAUGGGUUCGAUUGUGAACGCGCUGCUCUCAGUUGCGCUGAAACGCGUCCUGAACCAGGAGCGGCCUGUGGCCGGGGUUAAGUCCGACCCGGGGAUGCCAUCUUCUCAUGCUCAAUCCAUUUUCUUCACUGUCGUCUUCACUAUAGCUUCAAUUUUGGAAUGGAUGGGAGUUAAUGAACUUUCUGUGAGCAUCUCCGUUCUGGCUCUGGCAUUCGGUUCAUAUUUUUCAUGGCUUCGAGUGUCACAAAAGCUUCAUACGAUCAAUCAAAUUCUUGUGGGUGCUGUCGUAGGUUCGAUUUUCUCAGUUUUGUGGUACCUAUCAUGGGAUGCUGUUGUUUUGGAAGCAUUUAAUUCUUCCUUGUUGGUAAGGGUAAUUGUUCUUCUGGCUUGUGCUGGAUUUGGCCUAGGCUUUCUUCUAUACGUGAUUCAGUAUUGGUUCAAGGAUGAAAGAUGAACUCUGUAUUUACGUUUCAAACUCAUCCUAGGCAAUUUGUCUGUCAUGAUGUUUUCCAACAGUUCCAACAACUGAUUCACUGUUUACUAACUGUUGAAAAUGCGGUCCGAGUAAGAAAUCAAUGUACUCGAAAUAGGAUGCCAUGUCGAAACUUUCAGAAAGAUGCUUUAUGAAUUGUAAGAGAUGGUCACCAAUGGACUGUAGAGUGCAACUGAAGACUCGGGAGUUGAGCUGCAUCUA